AUGGCCUUCUACGUGCUGUUGGGUGUGACUGGGGAUACGUCGACUCGAGACAUCGAUCCUUGGCAUUGGUUACAGGCGGAGAAGGCGUACCGGCGACGUGCGGCCCAAGCGCACCCAGACAAGGGCGGCGAUGCGGCUGAGUUCUGCGAGUUGACGCUCGCUCAGGAUGUCCUGACGGACACGCUGCGGCGUCGUGCAUACGACACGGAGAUCCGCCUGGGGUUGCAGACUCGAGUGCCCAAGUUUGCGCCGCGACCGGACAGACCGGUGACCCUUGGCGCAUUGGGUUGUGGCGAGGUCAAGUCGACCUCCUUCAUUCGGGUGGGUGAUCAUCGCGACCCGGAAGGAUCCACGGCAAUGGAGCGGACCUCCGGCUGGCACAGCCGAGUUUUGUGCCUUGGCUCCGGUGCAAGAGCUACAGGGGUUCUGAAUUGGCGCAUGGCAGAUCAGCAGUUUGAUUCUUCCCAGGAGUUCCUGUAG